AUGACUUUCGGUGCAGUUUAUAUUGGUGUUACCAUAGGAGCCAUUUUCUAUGGGAUAACCAUUGUGCAGACUACCAUCUACUACAAGCAGUACCCUAAUGAUCCAAGGCUCUUUCGAUAUGCCGUCGCGUUAUUGUGCAUUCUCGAUACACUUCACGUUGUGACAAGCACUCAUGUCUUGUACUUUUAUCUGGUCGAAUCGUUCGGGAAUUGGCAUUCUCUGUUCAGGAUGGAGUUUUCCGGUGCGCCUAUCUCUCCUGCUUCAUCCAUUAUUUCAAAUCCCCAAGCUCCUUCGGCCUUUAGUUGCAACUUAUAUUCAAUGUACGUGAAUUUGAAGCUAAUCGUCUUCGGCGUCCAAGCAAAUCCUCAUUCAUCGCUUAAACGGAUCCUGACUUUCAGCCUCCAAAUAGUUGGCCGUAACUUCCAUGUAGUCCUUCCAUAUUUCAUUUUUCUUGCUGUCGCUGCUUCUCUCGCCACUGGAACCUAUGCUCUUUAUGAUAUAUACACCCUCCCAAGCAUUUUUGACAUCCCGACCAUCAGAACAGCCAUUUACGCAGUCUUCUCUACAUUCACAGUAGUAGAUUUCUUCAUCGCCGCUACAAUGUGCCACUACUUGCACAAGGGCAGGUCAAUGACCAGCUUCUCCAGUACGACAAAGAUAAUUGUGGGAUUGAUGCGGCUGGCUUUAAUCAUGAAUACUGGGUCUAGCGCAUGUUCGAUGUUUACUCUUGUCGCGUACAUCGUUUGGCCAAAUAACUUCAUUUACAUCGCAGUGGAUUCCAUUCUACCGAAGCAUGCGUUCUAUAUAAACUCCUUGCUCUCAAUGCUGAACGCACGCAACGUGCAAAUUAGGACGGGAACCAAAGAAUAUCCUGUCCAUCAGACGAUACUCAGGUUGGCUCCUCAUACCUCUGGUAGCAGGGGGGAAAGUGGUUUAGCAGAGAUGAGCAUCGACAUAGCCCUUUCUGUAAUGGAAGGAGGUCAUUCAAAUGCCUGCACCGAGGAUAUGACAUUGACUUGA